AUGGAGGACGCCACGCGGCAUCCGGCGGUCAGUCGCAACUCCAACGAAGAACGCAGCGCUAGUCGAGCUAGUGUGAGCGCUAGACCCAAGACCCACGACCAACUUGUGGCUGCCAGACAGCUCAAGCAACAGAUCGCACACUAUUCAACCGUGCGCGUGCAUAUGAAGCGUGUGCAGCUUUGUCUGGAACAAGAGAAGCGCAAUAAAUUCUACAAGGAAUUGAUAGUGUACCUGUGCUUCUUAGCAGUCGUAAUGGUGACGCUGUUAACGCUACCGAUCCACUUCCCGUACGAGCAGAACGCAGUUCUGGAUAAUACUUAUUUCCAGGAACAAUUCCCCGAUGAGACCGUCCCCAAGACGUUCAAUGACAUUGGCAAUGAAGGUGAAAUGUGGCAAUGGGCUAGUGGACCCAUGCUGUACCAGUUCUACGACCCUCCUAUUCGGAAUAUCCGUCCCAUUGGCAGCAUCCAGAUGCGAACCGGACGUGUCAAAGGAGCUCUUUGCAGUCAGACAACAGGAAGUAGCGACUUUAUCAUGUUCUCGGAUGAAAUUUGCUAUCCUGAGUACUCCACCCACCACGAGAUGAAGCAACCGUAUGGCAAUAAUAGUGGCUUUCUGGGUGCACAGUAUCAAUGGAGCAGUGGACUGAGUAAACUGGUGCGCUCCGAGACGUUUAAACCUGGUCUGGUGAGUCAUGAAAUGGACUAUGGCCACGGUGGAUAUGUGGUUUAUCUUCCUCGUGAUAACGCCACCGCAGCUACUGCACUGAUCGCGCAGAUGCAGAGCGACUUUAUUCGAGAUGGCACGCGGUACAUGGCUUCAACGUUUGCCUUCUACAAUGCACGUAGCAACAUUUUCUCUCACGUCCAAGGGCUGUUCGAGAUGAGCAACACCGAUUACAUGGAAGUCACUGGUCGCAUUAAAAGCUUUCGGAUUCUGGCGAGUUACAAGGACACGGGAGACUUUGUAGAGGCUAACGCACUCGAAAUUGUGCUGCUUAUUGCCAUGCUCUUACUCUUGUACCGUGAGAUCUCGGACGUGCGUAAUUUCGGACUACGUAGGUACAUGCAGUCUCUCUGGAACCUCCUGGAUAUGUUUCAGCUCGUGCUGCUGAUUGUGUUCCUGACACAUUGGGUAAUCUUUGCUGUCAAGUCGGAGAAUAUCCGCGAUGAUCUCUACCGCGUUGGGGAUAUGGACUGCUCUGUUCCAGCGGAAGAACAGAGUACAGCAGGUGAUUGUUUCGUGGAUAUCGAGCCCUUGGCGUGGCUCUCUCGUGCGGUUACGAACUACGCAGCAGCUCUCGGUUUGGUGUCUGUGGCGAUCGUGUUCAAGUAUUUGCGUCUCAAUUCGCGUCUCAACUUGCUGUGGCGCACGCUCCGCUUCGCAGCGAAAGAUUUGCUGGCGUUUGUUAUCAUUUUCUUCACUAUUUUCUUUGGAUUUGCUGUCAUGGGGUUCCUGACAUUCGGUUCAGCUGUGCAACAGUAUCACUCGCUGUCUAUGUCACUGACGAGCUGCUUCCAGAUGCUGCUGGGCGCCUUCGACUACGAGGAAAUCUACGUUGCCAACCCGACGAUGGCUGGCAUCUUCUUCUUCAGCUUCAUGAUCUCCAUCUACCUCAUUUGUGUCAACAUGUUCAUUGCUAUUAUGAGUGAGUAUUACUCACUGGCUCAGACUGAGAAGAAGAAUCUUGAAGAAAACAAACGCAACUUAGUAGCUAGCAACAAGGACGGUGGGGAUGAAGACGAGGACUUCCGCGACUCGCUGCAGUUCAUGGACGUCGAGUACGAUCUGGCCAAACAGAUCAAGAUCUACAUGAACGGUCUGCGUGUACGUGUGAAGAUGCCACCGAUCAAAGACGCCAACUCGACGUACAGCACGGAACAACUGGUGUUGUGUGGCUUCCAGCGCGUCCUUCUUGUGGACUAUGACUACCUCAUGACAGAACGCAAGCGUUUGCGACGUAAAUUACGCGCCUGUGUGCAUCUAAUCAUGGUGUGUGGCGACCUGAUGCGUCAAAAUGACCCCGAGUUCGCCAUGAAUGUGGACGUGGAGCUCAUCGCAGAGCAGCCCCGUCCACGAGCGGAUUCCACUGAUUCUUUCGCGGAUCUAGUGGAGUUUCCGGUCACUUACAUCCCCAUUUCAUCGUCGCAAGCCAACACUGUUGAGAUUUUGAAGCGAUUGAAGCGAGGGAUGUUCAUUGAGAUCGACGAUGGAUCACUCACCAAGGAUCAGAUCACACUGGAAGUUCUUGGAGAACAAGACGAGUACGUCCCGUCACGCUUCAAACGUCGACGGAAUGUACCGCGCAGUGAUGACUACAGAGGCAGCGAUGGCUUCCAUGUACGUAUCAGUGAAGGCACCAACGCCACCGACAUUUACGGAAGCAGUCGCGACGUUGAAGGUCCAUUUGGUCUGCGUCAUAACCACCCAAAGAUUGGAGAGGCAGGCCACAUUCGAGCGUGUCGAGUGCUGUACAAUGGCAACGCACUGAUAGAUGGCAACGAGAUGUGCAUCUUGCCACGAUCAACUUGGUUUCGCUACUUCACGGGGUACGUCGGCUGGGGUUACGUCAAGCAGCUUCUUUCCUGUAAGCGGAAGAAGAAGAACAAUCAUCGUCUUGUUACAGAUGCAGAAGUGGAUCGUCUAAUUAAGGAGAGUUUCGCUGCUCCUGGGCGUGGUAUUUCGUGUCGAUUCGAUGAACUGGUACGCAACUUCCGCAUGUUCAUCGCCAAGAAGGUGCACAAGCGCCGUCUUCGCAUCCCGAACUUGGAAGAUCGAAUCUUCCAGGAGGUUAUCACGUUCCUGGAGCGAUUCCCAUCGGCACUCACUCCGUUGGACAAACGGGAGCUGGAAGGAUACAGAUACACGCCACAACCGACAGACACGCGUCGCAUUCGACUGCCACACUCGAUCAAUUUGCUGGCCGAGUUGCUGUCUCAGAACGCUCAUGAAGUCUGGGCGGUUGGACGGAUCGACCAAGGCUGGCGAUGGGGAACCGAACGCGACAAUGACAAGAAGCUUCAUCCUGAUCUUGUACCAUACGAAGCACUUACUGAACAGGACAAGCAGUACGAUCGAGACACGUCCAUGUCGGCACUUAAAGUCAUCACGGCAUUGGGUUAUGUGCUGGAACCUCCAGCCAGUCUUGAAGAGCAGUUCGACGGCUUUGAGUUCGGCACCGAGGCGACGGAACCUGGUGGCACGUACGAACCGAAGCCUAUUCCGACGGAUGAUGUCAAGGUUCCUCCGCAUCUUCGCUCGGUGAUUGAGCUUCUAGCUGAAAACACACACGAAGUGUGGGCACAGAUGCGUAUGGAGCAAGGCUGGAAGUUCGGACCUCGACGGAAUGAUGCCAAGAAGGAGCACAACGGGCUGGUCCCGUACAUUUACUUGACUCAGGACGAGAAGCAGAUGGAUCGGAACACUGCUAUGCAGACAGUCAAGUUGAUUCUGCGCUUCGGCUUCAGCUUCGUGCACAGGGAUCAGCGGACACGCGGCGGCAAGAAGAAACACUCGGGUCACAUCAAGGUGGUCGGUCGAAACGAGAACCCUGAAGCACAUAACGUUGGAGAGGCAGUCGCGCUGGCACGUGGAGCUGCUCGCGCUAAACGUGCCUUUCUAGGCCCCUUCUCGAGUAUCCGAUCAGGUUCUGCGGCCAGUCUGUUCUCGUUGAACUCUUCAGGGUCAGAGGCGUCGUCGUCGCAAGAUUCUCGACAGCGAAGAGCUGCUGCAGCUCACGCACGACUCGUAGCAGCGUCGCCAUCUGCAGUGACAGUUGAGUCCUCCGGCGACAUUCCGAUGCCGCUGUCGUCGUUCCAGUCUAUGAGCUCGACAGGAGAGUCCUUCGACUUACCAAAAGGUGGCGACAAGACCAAGCAGUAA